CCCCCGUCCUUAGCAACUAAUGAGGCCACCGUUUCAGUCUAUGAACCGUGUGUCAUGAAAUCCUCAAUGUCAAAUUGUCAAGCUUUGUCAAAAAGUCGGACUGAAAUCGAAUACAAAUGGCGUCAAUUUAUCAUUUCUAUGAAGAAGCACAACACACGGAGAAUCUCGUCUUUGAGUCAUACAAAGUGCAAAAUGACUUCCAAACUAAAGUCAACUGGGCCGCUACUAAAAUUCAAAGUUUCUUUCGUGGUCUGAUAGUGAGAGUGAAAUUAGAGUACGAUAAGAAUGCUGCUAUCGUAAUUCAGAAAUAUGUAAGAGGUUGGCUGCUCAGAUACCAUUUGCCAGAUAAAUUACAAGAGUUCUACGAUGAAAAUUGUUUCAAAUUUUACAACCAAUGCGCUGCUAAAAUUCAGGCUACGUGGAAAGGAUAUGUGUUUAGGAAAUAUACGUUCUGUAUCAAAGACGUUUUGGCAGCAAGAACGCAAAUCGCUAAAGGUAACGAGGAAAUCUUCCAGCUUUUCAAGCAGCCAUUCAAUGAAUUUAACAAGACUCAAUUUGAAAUUAGCGACGAUUACAUACGCGAAAUUUACGAAAUACUUUUUGAUCGACACCAUCUUUUACGUACCAAUCAUAUUAAAGGAGUAUUAUCUCAAGAAGGAACUGAGGAACUGGCGAUAUUAGAAAAGCUCAUAAAAGUGAUGCCUUGGCAAGAUUUCAUAACGGGCAUUCACAAGAUUUACUACGAUUGCUCCAGAAAGAAGGAGCCUAUCACAUACAAAUAUUCCGAUAAACGUCUUCACAUACAUGAGGAUUUCAUUCGAUACAUGAUCAAACGAUUAGCUGAGUUUCCGCAGGCGCCUAAAAGACAGAAGCCAAAACCAUUCAUACUGUCGCCGAAGGUGGAUAGACCGCCAGUAAUACCAAUAUUGACGAAGGGACGGUUCGUCCCACCAAUCAAAAACCCCAUAAGAGUCACGGAUAGUAGGCACCAUGUUGGUUGCAAAAAUUUCCAUCUACAUAUACCACAUGCGAAUCGACUAUACGAAACACCUAUGAAAUCGGGUUACCGUAUCGAUUUUUGGUAUGAGGAAUGUAUGUGUGGACAGAGAGAACGACUUCAAUAAAGUUGAGCUGUAGUAAAAUGUUUU